CAGUGGGGUCCACAACAGGCAGAGCUGACCUUUACGGCUGGCUUGCUUGCUUUACAUCAUCGUCGUCGUCAUCGUCAUAAUCCGGAAAUUCCUGUACUUGUGGCCUAUCCUCUCUGUGGGUGUGUGGUUUUAGAGAUUGACUAGAUUAGAUUAGAUUAGAUUGAAUUAGGCACCCGCGAUUCCCUAAUAAUUCCCUGAUUCGCUUCCCUCCUCUUGUUGUUUAAUCCAAUUCCAUCUUCCUUUCUGCAGUCAAAGCUAGAUCUCCCCCUCCUCCUCAUGCUCCGUACUCCAUAGUCAUAGUAGCAGUCGUAGUCCCAUGGAGAUCACAAAGCUAUUCUCCUUCUUCUUUUUCCACUUCCACGGCUCAGAAGCUCUUCUUCUUCCUUGUUUAUUCAGUCUGUGGUUCCUCUCCACAUACAUCUUGGGAUACUCCAUCCUGUUCAGGAAUUGGGGCAAGAUUUCGAGGCCUUUGGCUUCCAGCAGCCUCAUGUCGCUUGCUCACGGCACCCCUGCGCUCCUCCUGGCCCUGCUCGCGCUCUCGCCGAGCUGUAAUCCUCAGUUUGAAUUUGAAUUUGAAUCUGAAUCUGAAUUUCCAUUAUUUUUCCAAUUCCAUUUAUUGAACUCCCCCAACACGGGCUUCCAGGAUGUGGUGCUCGAAUACAGCACCGCCUACUUCCUGAUGGAUCUCUUGCACUACAUAGUGUUCGUCCCCAGUGAGGUGCUCUUCAUCGCACACCACCUGGCCACGCUCUACGUGCUCAUCACGUGCCGCUAUGUGUUCGGGCACGGGGCUGUGGCCAUUCUGGGCAUCCUGGUUAUCGCUGAGAUGACUACAAUCUGCCAGAACACAUGGAGCCUUGCCCGCUAUAGGAAGGCUCACUCCCACAAGGCUGCAGCCAUCUUCCACAUCUUGUCGCCCAUCUUCUACACUUACUACACGGCGGUCAGGGGGAUUCUUGCGCCCGCCUUCGUCUACAAGCUCGUCAUGAUUCCAGUUCCAAUUCCAAUUCCAAGAUGGGGCUGGAUGUCUUGGCUUGUUGUAACCAUAGUGGGGAUUGGGGUCAGCUGGCUCUGGAUUCUCAAUCUCUGGAUUGACCUGCUGCUGCUGCUGUACAGACGACGACGCCACGAAUCCAUUGAUUUAGCAGCAACAGCCACCUUGAAAAAACUGACUUGAUUCUCUCUCUCUCUCUCUCUCUCUCUUUCUUUGUUUACCUGGAUAGUGAAAAUAAGACCAUGUAAAAAAUUACUUGUCAAUGUACAAACAAACUCAGAAGGAAGGAAGGAAGGAAUGAAUUAUCACUCUACUAGUCCCCUCCCAUUGAUUGAUUGAUUCAUUCUUUCUUUCUUUCUGUGCAUUAUCAUAUAUGGUUGGUUGAAUG